GUUAUAAACCUUGUGAAAAGUUUCUUUCGCUUCUUUCUCGUAUUCUUUACGGGAAUACGAUGUUACAGCGAUCAUGGAUUUUUAGUAUGUAUAUUAUUAGAAGCCACUCUCGAUACCGAGAAAUCGCGAUGUUUCUAUUUUAUAGAAAUUUUGAUCACAUACCAUUUUUUAUAUAAGCAUGAUAUCUAAAAAAAAAAAAAAAAACGUAUUUCAGUAAUUGUGCACGAAAGAGGCCCAAUUUUGUUCAAUUCCGGAUGCGUUAUCCCGAGGGACCUGAGUAUCAGGGCGCUUUGUUCGACGCGUGGCGCGAUCGUGGUUGAAAAGUUACGGCGAAAAGAAAAUGCUACACUUGCUAGAUCGCAUUUACACCGAUAUAACUGGUUAAAAGUGAAAUUGCAUAAGCAUUUGCGUAGGAUCGCGAUCUUAACGGUGGUAAGAUAUAGUUAAGUUACGUAAGUUUAGAUUACAUCGAGUGGCCGGGGUGCCGAACCCCUAGAUUCCUCGAAACAUCUAACCUGAUCUAAGCUGACUUUUAAACCACGAUCGUGACACGGUUCGUACAAAGUACGCGUUACUCAAGACCUUCUCCUCUACAACGUAUCUCAAGGUCGAGGUCAACGUCAUUGGACUCGCGAUCCCCUUUUACGCGUAAUCGUCCAUAUUUCCACAUAACGAAAAUAUUUCGGUAGUUCUCUGUUCGAUCGAUAGAAGUUUCGUAGCCCGAAGAUUUGUACAAGCACGGAGAUCGAAGAAAACACGCGAAAACCCCGUUCGACCGUUCUUAGCGAUGUACCCGUAUAAUUCUAAUGCGAUAUAUUCGAAGAAAUUUCGAAUCUUUCGAUUAGGAAGUAAACGAUGGAUCAAACGAAACGCAUCGACCCAUAGAACGUAAUAAACGCUUGGAGAAAACUGAUUAUUCGGCCGAAGAGACAUGCUGCGAAACGGAGCACGUUGGCUCUGUUUGCGUUCGUUGAUCAAUUCGAUCGAAUAACGUAUUAAUACGUCGAAGUCAUCCUAAAGGGUUAAUCGCAAUGUCCACGCCGGACGCGAUGGACACCAUCGACGAAGCGGAGCAGGCGUGGCACGAGAUGCUGGAGUGCGAGACCGGAUCGCUGUUAGGCCGAGUCGCGGACCUCGAGAGGCAAUCCUUGGCGCAGAGGGACGAGAUAGUUUGUCUUCGAGCUACUCUGGCGGAUGCGCUGAGGCGAAUUGCCCAGCUGGAAGGACGCGAGAAAAGAGAGGAUGAGAGAAACGAGAGGAGAAACGAAAGAAUAGUGUCCUCGCCCUUAAGGAACGGUCAUGUAUCGCUUAGAAGUAAUCAAAAUUCAACACCCCAGAAAGACAUACGUUUACGACAAACUGGCGGCUCUUGUCUGAGGAAUUCGUCUUCGUCAGGAUCUUCUCAGGAUAUUCGAGAGUCGAUCUCCAGUCCACGGAGACCGGUCAGUUACACGCACUCGUCGCAACUUCCUCAACGAAGGUCAGUUCAUUACCAAUCAACGGGUUCGUUACACUCGGACAGUCCCAGUAGUAGUAGCGUUUCCCCGGUGCCAUCGCCGAGUCCUAGAGCCACGCCACUGCCAGUAGCCAGAUCGCCGACAGCGAGAUCGAACGGGCCACCGCAAAGCAGCUUAAGAAGGGCGAAACGGUGGUCGUCGACGGGCGACUUUACGCAUUCCCCGCAAAAUCAGGGAAGCAAUUCGCAACUUGUCAGUAACAGAUUCUCAGCCUCCACCAAGUCUCUGUUCAACCUCUUCAAGCCACCGGCGCUGAACAACGUGAAACACGGUACCAGAGACAUGCAGUACAACGAGGAGGAAAGCACCGUCCGCAUGUACCUACGGGGUCGGCCCGUCGUCCUUUACGUCCCGACGCCUUUGACGGAGUUGUACGACCUUCACAAAGUCAGCACACCGCCCCAGAGUAAACUAAAACUCGACUGGGUGUACGGUUACCGAGGCAGAGACUGUCGAAGUAAUCUGCAUCUGCUGCCAACCGGGGAAAUCGUUUAUUUCGUCGCGGCCGUAGUGGUCUUGUACAACAUGGAAGAGCAUAGCCAGAGGCACUACUUGGGUCAUACGGACGAUAUCAAAUGCAUAGCGAUCCACCCAAACAAACUCGUGGUCGCCACUGGACAAGUGUGUGGAACCGACAGACGAGAUGCCAUGCCUCACAUAAGGAUAUGGAACUCGGUCAGUUUGACCACUCUUUGCGUGAUUGGCAACGGCGAGUUCGACGGCUCGAUUUGUUGUCUCUCGUUCUCGAAAGCGGACGGUGGAAAUUACCUGUGCGCCAUCGACGAGACUUCCGAUCACAACAUUUCGAUCUGGGAUUGGCAGAAAGGAGAACGAGGUACCAAAGUGACUGAAACAAAGUGCUCGGUGGACACGGUGGUAUGCGCCGAAUGGCAUCCGCUGGAACGGAACCAGAUCGUGUCCUGCGGGAAGGGACACGUGUCCUUCUGGUCCCUCGAUAACGGUGGCAUGCUGUACAAACGGAUGGGCAUUUUCGAGAGCAGAGAAAAGCCAAGAUACGUUACCUGUGUGGCGUUUAAUCAGAGCGGUGACGUUCUUACUGGCGAUAGCAACGGUAACAUCAUCGUUUGGGGCAGAGGAACAAACACGAUUUCGAAGAUAGCGAGGAACAUUCACGAAGGAUCUAUAUUUUCGAUUUGCGUUUUGAAAGAUGGUUUUAUCGUCACCGGAGGUGGCAAAGAUGGCAAAAUAUUGUAUUUCGACGAAUCGUUAAACCUGACGGGGGAAGAAGCACAAAUCGAGGAUCAUUUUGGCGGGAUUCGAACGCUCGCAGAAGGCAGAGGUUCACAGUUGCUGAUUGGAACAACCAGGAAUUGCAUUUUAGUCGGCGAUGUGGGAAUGGGAUUUAGUCCGGCGAUGUUGGGACACGCCGAAGAAGUUUGGGGACUGGCAGCUCAUCCGACUUUACCGCAGUUUGCAACAGCAGGCCACGAUAGGUUGUUGCAAAUGUGGGAUAGUCUCAGUCACACUGUGGUCUGGAGCAAAGAUAUCGGGGAGCAAGCACAGAGCAUCGGGUUCACACCAGACGGUAAUGUUAUGGUGGUCGGAUGCACUUCCGGAAAAUGGUUAGCCAUCGACAGUGAAACUCGAGAAUUAUACACUCAUCACAGCGAUGGGUCCGAACCUAUUCAGGUCGUUAGAUUCUCACCGGAUGGAACGCUAUUAGCUCUGGGUUCCAGAGACAAUUAUAUUUAUGUUUAUCAGGUAAACGAAGAUGCGGUCAAAUAUAGUCGAGUUGGACGAUGUAUGGGACAUUCGAGUUUCAUAACUCAUUUGGAUUGGUCAAUGGACGGACAAUAUUUACGUAGCAACAGCGGAGAUUAUGAACUGCUAUAUUGGAAUCCCGGAGUUUGUCGUCAGAUCCCACAACCGUCGAUGAUGAGGGACAUGGACUGGGCGAGUCACACCUGUGUAAUAUCCUUCGAAACGAUCGGGAUAUGGCCGGAAGGAGCCGAUGGUACAGACGUAAAUAAUUGUACUCGUAGCGGUGAUUCCAAGUUGCUCGCAACCGGCGACGAUUUCGGAAAAGUCAAGCUGUUCUCUUAUCCCGCUUGUCAACCGAAGUCGCUGUGUCAUGCGUACGGUGGUCAUUCGAGUCACGUUACGAACGUAUCGUUCCUUCAAGACGAUACGCGACUAAUUUCCACUGGCGGAAGUGACACGAGCGUUCUUCAAUGGAUCGUAAAUUACUAACUCUGUUAACUUACGAAUCGAGUCGAGUGGAAAACGGACAAACGGCGAAAGUACGAAGCACCACAAAAUAGCAUUCGGCAUAACCUGCCGAAUUUAGUGACCGCGCUAUUCUCGUUGCUAGCUGAAGGAGGAGUCGAAAGAAACAAACGGCGUCGGUUGCGACCGUGGAGAGGAAAACUCCUGGUUUAAAGAAAGGGGAACAGGAAAAAUGCUGCGUAUAGUUAAAUAAUUUUACUCUUUAAGUGUCCUUUACGAAUCAAUGACUGAAAGUCACGACGCUAAUUUCUUAUUAUCGUUAGUCACGAACGAUCUUGAUCCGUAAUUUUGCGCUGCGAAAACAAGACGACGUGAAAAUAUUAGUGAAAUCUUGUCAGCCGAUGUGGCGAACGAUAUAAUAGACUAUACUUGGUCAAUUAGUACGUAAUAACGUAACGAAGUGUCUUUUUCAUAUUUCACGUAUUUACAACUAUUUUUCGAACGCCGAAGCGCCGCCGACUUUACAAAUUUAUGCGAGUGUUGUUCGUCUAGUAAUCGCUGACGAAACGCACCGUGAUCUUUUCCACGCAAACACACAAAUUGCACAGUUCGUACAUAAGUAGAUAUAUACUUUCGUAUAAUUAGUGGCGAUAAAAUGAAGUUGAGCGACUUUCAACCGAUUUGAUAGGAAACGUUGACAUUCCAAUUGCUCGUGCCCGUGAAAAAGGUAGGAUUAUCGUUAUCCUCUAGCCUGUGCAGCCACGUAAAUUCUAUUUCUUCUGAACGUUAGCUAUCACGCUACCGGCCACCACCCAACAAUGCGUUUAUUUUUCGCGAAUAGAUCGUUAUCGAUUUUAGUUACUGUAAGCUUAUCUUGCGACGGUACGAGCCCUUAAAGCAAUUUUAAAUAACGAGAGCCAAAAUAGAUCGAGCGAAGAGUAUGCGAGUUGGGGAGAGCGACAAAAAUUGCGAGAUAAUAGGAUAACCGAUUAAUCGGUUAAAUUGUUCAAAUUAUUGAAAUUGUUCUAUUUCGUCGGAAAAUCGUGGUACACGCGUUGUGUAUUUAUGUUUGGUCUGCUACUAAUUUUUUUUUUUUCUUCUUCUUUUUCAGAAAUACGAUAUUUCUGUAAUGCAGGCUUUUUUUGUAAUGCUUCUGAAAAUAUGAAUAAAAACGUGGACGAAGAA